AACGACUUCACGACCACGACCAUCACGCCUUGAACGACAGCUCACGAAGCAGCAUACGAUACGAUACAAACUGAAACAUUCAAGAUGCCCGGACGAGUCUCAACCGCCCGAUCGUCGCGGUCCUCCGCCGCGGUCUCCCACAAAUCCUCCGUCCAAACACUGAACUCGCGCGCAUCAACAGCAUCAAGAAUCUCCUCCCCCUACGUCGAAACUCCCGAAGAAACGCCAGAAAAUGAACUACGAACGCAAGUGUCUUCCAUGUUCCGCGAUGCGCAACGAACAACCGCUUCCCACCGAAAACUGGUGAUCAAUCUGCGGAAGAUCCAGGAAGCAUGUUGUUAUGAGCCCACGAGCAAGAAAAAGAACAAGACUGGCGCGGAAGAUUUCGAUGAGGAGCAGUUUACUUACGAAUUUACGAGAUGCGUGUUGAGAGUUAUGCCGGUAAAGAAGAGUGAGAGUGUGGGCGAACGCGCGAUUCGGUUUAUUGGGUUGUUUCUAAGACAUGCGAAUGAGAAGGAUAAUGAGCUUAUUCCGGAAGCUGAUCAGGAAGCGGGUAUUAUGGUUGAGACGCCGAGCACACGACUUACCUCACAUCUGAUGGCUGCGAUUCUACCUCUUCUUACGGCAAAGGAGAAAUUUGUUCGGUAUCGAUCAACACAACUGAUCUCCCAUGUUAUCAAUUCUUUGGAAGCUAUCGAUGAUGAUCUUUUCCAACUAUUGCGACAUGGUCUACUCAAGAGAAUUCACGAUAAGGAGGCGAUGGUUCGAGUACAGGCGGUGUUGGGACUAGGACGACUUGCUGGUAACGAAGCUGAUGGAGAGGCUGAGGACAGCGAUGAUGACGAUUCCGGAGCUGGCUUGCUCGAGAAACUGUUAGAUGUCUUACAAAACGACCCAAGUGCCGAUGUCCGAAGGUCUUUGCUGGUUAAUCUUCCAAUCUUACCCAACACUCUACCAUUUUUGUUAGAGCGAGCCCGGGACCAGGACCCUGCCACUCGACGAGCUCUUUACUCCCGACUUUUGCCAGCUCUCGGAGAUUUCAGACAUCUGUCUUUGUCUAUGCGAGAGAAACUCCUUCGAUGGGGUCUCAGAGACAGAGAUGAAAACGUCCGCAAGGCAGCUGGAAAGCUCUUCCGAGAACGCUGGAUCGAGGAUUGUGCUGGAACUGCUGAAGCUGAAGACGGUCAAGAAGGCGAAGCUGCGGCUGGAGAAGCCAAGCCACCAAGUUUCGACGGCUUACUCGAACUUCUGGAGCGUAUCGAUGUUGUCAACUCCGGUGUCGAGAAUGGAGUUGCUUUGGAAGCAAUGAAGGGUUUUUGGGAAGGCCGCCCGGAUUACAGAGACGCUGUUACGUUUGACGACAACUUUUGGGAUACUUUGACUGCUGAGGCAGUGUUCAUGGCACGAAGUUUCAAUGAUUUCUGCCUGAAUGAAGGCAACGGCAAAUUCGAGGCAUUGAUUGAAGAGAAGAUGCCCGAGGUUACAAAGCUGGCAUUCUAUCUUCUGCGCUAUAUUACUGUUUUAGUCGAGGCCUUGAAGCGGGUUGCCGCUCAAGAGCCAAGUGAGGACGAAGAGGAGGAAGAAACAGUUGAGCAAGAAUUUAUCGUCGAACAGCUCCUUCACAUCGCCCGGACUCUGGAUUAUUCUGAUGAGGUUGGACGAAGGAAAAUGUUUGCUCUUCUGCGUCAAUCACUUUCUAUUCCCGAUCUCCCAGAAGAGGUUACCAAGCUCACAGUUGAAGUUCUCCGAGGCAUUUGCGCUUCCGAUGCAGCUGGAGAACGGGAAUUCUGCAGCGUUGUUCUCGAAGCCGUCGCUGACGUCCACGACACUAUCAUGGAUGAAGCAGCCUCUGUUAACGAGGACGAGAGCUUCCACUCGGCAAAGUCUGUGGUUAGCUCAGAUGGAAGCCCUUCAAAGUCUCAGAAGACCGAGGAAGAGGACCAAGACAAGGCCAUUCGAGAGAUCAUGGUCAACAUGAAAUGUCUACACAUCGUCCAAUGUAUGCUCGAGAAUGUGGAAGGGAAUCUUCAACAGAACGCUAACCUGGUUGCGAUGUUGAACAACCUGGUUGUUCCAGCAGUCCGAAGUCACGAAGCUCCCGUUCGAGAACGUGGUCUCCUGUGUCUGGGUCUUUGCUCUUUGCUCGACAAAUCAUUGGCCGAAGAGAAUUUAACCCUCUUCAUGCAUUUCUUCAGCAAAGGGCAUUCAGCUCUCCAGAUCACCGCCCUACAAAUCCUCACGGACAUCCUCAAUCAACACGGCGCCCAGACCCUUGAAACCAACCCAGCCCUCCUGAAAGUCUACCUCAAAGCUCUGAAAUCCGGCAGCAAGACCCCAGAAGUCCAAGCCGCAGCCACCGUCGCCAUCGCCAAGCUGAUGCUCGGACGAGUUAUCUCCGACUCUUCCCCGGUAAUCGAGGACCUGCUCAGAACCCUCGUGGUCCUGUACUUCGACCCCAGCACAGCCCACAACCAAGGCGUGCGGCAAACUCUCUCCUACUUCCUCCCCGUCUACAGCUUCAGCCGGAAAGAAAACCAAGACCGGAUGCGCAAAGUAGCUCUCGAUGCCCUACACAAACUCUUCGAGGUACAAGAAACGCUCGACGAUGAGGGAGAUGCUGCGGUGGAGAUGGUAGGCAUCAGCACCAUCGGCGCUCACCUAAUCGAUUGGACGGAUCCAAGGAAAUGCUACGUACCAGGAAACCAACUCACGCUCGGUGAUGAAGGGUCCAAGAAAGCUGUAAACGGAGACGUGCACCUCGAGUUCGCUCGUGAUCUUCUUGAACGAUUAGGAUCAAGCAUUAGCAGAGAAGAGAAAAAGCUCCUCGCCCCUCUCCUCCAAAAACUGCACGUCUCACCAGCCUCAACCCAUUCCCUCCUCCGCGAAAUCUACGCCGAAGUCUCAGACGCCAUCAACUCGAAACUCGUCGCCGACGCCACGGGCCGUAAUGCUUUAUUCAAGAUCCACGUCUCUCUGGGCAAGAUCGUGAACUCUUUGAAAGAGAAAGAAGACGACAGCAACGAUUUGAGGGAGAGUAUGCGGAGUAGUGUCAAUAGUCAAAAGAGUAGGGAGAGUGUGGCUCCUUCUGUUGUAGGCGAGGAAGAGGAUGGUGCGGAUAAGACGGUAUUGGGGAAGGUGAAGGAGGGAGAGGUGGAAGAGGAGGACGAGGAUGAAGGGACGGUGAUUGGUGGGCGGAGGGACUCGCUUGUUAGUGAGCUGUUGAGUGAUGGGGAUGUGGAGAUGUCUGGGCUUUGAGUUGAGGCUGAGUUGGGUUCAUGAAUUAUGUUGAUAUUGGUUUCGGAAGGGCCAGGUUGCGGGGUUUUUUAUUUUGUUAGUUUGGUCCCUAAUGAAUGCAAUGAAAUACCUUCCUUCAGCCCAGAACUACAAUUCGUCGUGGAUUUUUUAGCAUCGAAGGAGUGAAUUUGGACGACUGAUUGGUGCUAGGGCUGAAUAUUGUGAGGAAUGAAAAAGAGGCAUGUGGAGAUGGGUUCGAGUGGGAAGCGAAUCAUGAAAAUCAAGGUGUACCAGAAGUAGCAUCAUUCUCGCCAUUCCAGCGUGCUCGCUGAAAGGAUGAAUUGCUUUAAGUUGCUCUUUAUCUGGACGCCGAGUGCUCAACACGACCUCCCCAAACA